ACAAUCAACAACAAACUGUCCAAGCGUCACUCAAUUCGGGAAGCUAUUGUUUCACUGUUAUGAUAAAAUGGGUGGACUUGACAUUCCAUGGCGUUCUGACUGCAUAUAGGCUCACGGCUUAGGACUUAACUCUAAGCAUGAGAGAUUUUAAUCGUGCUUUACAAUUGAACAAGGGACAGUGUUUCGUCUCUGUUUCUCGACCCACUGCUGUCUAUGUUACCGAACUAAGUUGCCUACUGAAUUGCUAGAACAGCUUUUUUUAUUAUCGUGUUUGACCGGAAACUGUCACCCACUGACAGCACAAACCUGAAAAAAUACAACGUGCCUUUCAAAUGUGAAGUAGCUAUGCACGUCAAAACGAAAGCUGGAUCAACAAGCCAUUUGUCAGCGAAAUUGAAUAUUGAGUAUAUUGACGCAUUUCGCUGUAUUACAAGUUUUAGUGAUAUAAACUCAUCCUUGAUGAAUGAAGACGAGAUGGAAAGGAUAGCGGAACAAUCGUGGAAUUCUUCCUACACCUACCAGGUGAGCAAGCACAGCGCUGAGAUGCUACACAACCUCAACGUCCAGAGAAAAGAUGGAGGCAGGUUCUGCGAUGUGAUCUUACGCGUCGGAGAGGAGAGCUUCCCUGCUCACAAGGCGGUGCUAGCGGCUUGUAGUGAAUACUUCGAAUCGGUGUUCAGUUGUCAGGCGGAAGGCGACGGCGAGGCAAAGGAGCUGGAGAUGCACACCAUCAGCCCCAAAGUUUUUAAAGAUAUUUUGGACUUUGCUUAUACCUCAAAAAUUGUGGUACGACUGGAAUGCUUCCCCGAGCUGAUGACAGCGGCAAAGUUUCUUUUGAUGCGCUCGGUGAUCGAGAUCUGCCAGGAAGUAAUCAAGCAAUCAAACGUACAGAUUCUGGUUCCGCCCUCACGAGGGGACCUCAGUUUAUUCCGCACUACUGGAAGCAACGAAUUGGGUUAUCCCUUGCCUUUGGACAUGUCGAACGGGGCUGGACUUGUAACAAACGGUUCUGUGUUUGGUGCUAAUGGACAGACUCACGAUGUUGAUGGCAGCCAUGCCAGUGGUCCAGUUUUGUCGAGUGGCAGCUCCCAAUCCGUAUUGCCCGUGCUGCAUACUGUUGACAGGCUACCUGUGACACCAACAGAGCUGACCGGGAACCCAUUUCAAGGAGGAGGUACUCCAGGGUCUGGAAACAAGAGAGGUAGAGGGCGACCAAAGAAAGUGCCAGCUAUGGAUCCUUUACUUUUUAACCAUAGCGUUCCCAAGGACCUCGGAAUUUUCCCCUGUGGAAUUUGUGGGAAGAUAUUUACAGAGGCAGUGCGUUUGCGAAAUCAUGAAGCGCAGCACGCUGCAUCGAGUGGUCUGCACAGCGGCGGGGUCAACAAUAGCGGUGACAGCUCGGUUGGUGUGGGAGGCCCAACUCCGGCAACUCAUGCCCAGUCAGGGCUGCUGGAAAAUGGUUUGACUCUGCAUAGUGGCGUGGAUGCUAGUCGCAAGAGAGAGAGGACUAGACGUCAUGUUGGCUGUGACAUUUGCGGGAAGGUAUUUCGCGACGUGUAUCACCUGAACAGACACAAGCUAUCUCAUUCCGGUGAGAAGCCAUAUGCUUGUCCUGUUUGUGGCCUGCGGUUUAAGCGCAAGGACAGAAUGUCGUACCAUGUGCGUUCACACGACGGCUCCGUGGGUAAACCGUACGUCUGUCAAAGCUGCGGGAAGGGCUUCUCCAGACCUGACCACUUGAAUGGACACAUAAAACAGGUCCACACAUCUGAGAGACCCCAUAAGUGCCAGAUCUGCAAUGCAUCCUUCGCCACACGGGACCGCUUGCGCUCUCACUUGGCUUGCCAUGAAGACAAAAUCCCUUGCCAGGUGUGUGGAAAGUUCCUGCGGGCUGCCUACAUGACCGACCACCUCAAGAAACACAGCGAGGGUCCACAUAAUUACUGUGGUAUAUGCAACAAAGGUUUCUCCACUGCCUCCUACCUUAAGGUGCAUGUAAAAACGCACCACGGCUCUCCUCUACUCCCUGCUGCCACCGUGCACUCCUUUCCAGAGCCCCGCGAGCCUCAGGCACACAACGGCGCCCCCUACAACUCGGGACGCCAGUGCGCAGUGGAAGACCUAUGUACCAGUCGCCGACUGCUGGUCACGUUCCCAGAAGCGGAGGGUCGUUUUCGUGGGCUCACUGGGCCCCCAGUGCUGCCCCAGCCUUGUCCUCCCAGCCUGGGACUGCAGCCUGAGCUGCUGCUGGGCAAACCAGGGGGGGGUCCCUAUUUCUGGGAAUGUCGUGCUGCUGGUGCGCCAGGCUUCCCCACCCAAGGGCCCCAUGCAGAUGGGCAAGAAGAUCCGGAAAAGUGCCCUCAUCAGGACUCUGAGAGCUCUGAUGCUUCAUUUGCGGAACUUUCUGAUGGAGGAGAUCUUAAGUCCCAGCACAAGGCUGAAGAGGACAGUAUAGGGGUGUUUGUCUGUAGUGGCAGUGGAGGGCCGUCUGGAGGAGCCAGUAAACUCAAAGUUGACCCUGAAAGGAAGCACCUGUGCACGGACUGUGGCCAGGCUUUUCGCUCCAAGUCCUACCUCAACAAACAUGUGCAGCGGGUGCACAGCAGUGGGGCUCCGAAAGGGCUUAGUGUGGCAGGUACCACCUUGGGAGAGCUUGCCCCCUCUCUGGGUUCCCCAUUCUCCCCCCAACAGAAUAUGUCUUUACUGGAGUCUUUUGGGUUCCAGAUUGUCCAGUCGGCCUUUGCAUCCUCUCUAGCAGACUCUGAAGUUGGCCACAGUAGCAUGAGUAUGGGCAGCAAGUAAGCAAGUACUUGGUGCAUGCCAUCCUGAGGACUCUCACAAGACUCCUGUCUAAUGUCCGUAACUUCUCUCUCACUUGUUUAUACCUCUGCCUGCACCCACUCUAUUAUGUCCUGGUUCCUCAAACUUAUGGCUCAUGGACUGUGUGGCUAUGGAACAUUUUGUACUACUUCCAAGCUGGAGAAAAAAUUUACAUUGAUACAUUUAUAUAUUUUCUUGUUAAUUUAAGUACUGGGUAAAAACAGUUCUUCCCAUCCACAUAAAAUAUACAAUAUACUGACAAAGCUCCAAUUACGGCAAGCAAGAAAACUAUGCCUGUUCAUUUUUAUGAUACACAUCUGCUGUUGACUGCUGUAUGUACUAUUUGAGUGCGAAAGAGAAGCGGAGAUGAGUCUAACCUCUGAAAUAAGCUACAUUUCCAUUAGCUUUGUUUCAUGCAGCUGCAGUGUCACAAUUUUGGUCAUUAGCCCAAUAGGAAACAAGUGUUGUGCACAAAGACUUUGACUUCAUAAAGAGUUUAGGGAAAUGGUUAUGUAGAAAAAUCACACCAGUGUUUUGUGCACAAGUAAAAACCAUUGUUUUUGUCAAUCCAAGGUAAAUUCACUUAUAUUCUAAUGGAAAUGUAGCAAUUGUUGUAAAUGUUAGAAUUCUAUCGCUCCUGAAUUUAAUGUAAACAUUUUAAGGGCAGUGCAAAUUGUGCCACAAAACGAUUAAACGAUAUGUGUCUAUAUUAACUUGGAAAUAAUUAAGCUGGACUUCAGUUUUGAAAAGGAGUACUUUAAAGUGAGGUUCCUCAGAUACAUCCAUCCUAAAAGUGUAUGUCUGUUAUUUAAUGUGUGUCCUCCACAAACAUGGAAAAUGGGGAGGUUUGGAAUUAAAUGGAAUCAAGCGAUUCAAUCUGCUCAGAUUGACAUCUCUAGAAUAUUUCCAUGAGUCCAAUCUCCAAGAAAACCAGUUGGUGAAAUAAUAAUGUACUGCCAAUGCUUCAUUCAGAGCUCCGUUUUUUUCAUAUACUGCAUCUUAAAAAAAAUUUGUUUUUAAAGUGAUUCUGAUUCUCAAAGAUUUAAUUAAAUCAAAGUUGCUUUGGAGAAUGGGUUGAAAACUGAGAAGAUGGCGAACAGUGCAUUUAAACUGUCAUGUUUUUUCUUUCUUCAGAUGUACAUAAACUUUAGUUGGUAAUCAAUUCUGAUUUUACUUGGGGACAAAAUUACAGGCUUUACUAUUAGGAGAUGUGAAAUACAUUUGUGAAUCCCACUUUACCGCUACUCCAAGAAAGUUUAAUCAAGAUUUGUUUUUUGUAAAUGUUUGAAGCAGUGGGAACUGCUUUCUUAAUCUUACUUUGUGUUAUAGGUCCCCUGGGGAUAGUGUGAGAGACAGAUGGUGUAAAGAGUGUGUGUAUGCAUUCGUUUGCGGAAUGAAAUUAAUUUAACCAGAUUUAAGUCGUUUUUAUUUGGCGAAAGAAAUUAUUUACUAUAUUAGGUCUGUACAUUCCUUGUUAAUUUAUGGAAUUAUAAAGUUGUUGUUUUUACACAGAGACACACAAACACACACAGUAUUUUUUGUAUAUCAAUGUUUAUCAUAUACAUUGUACAUACGUAUAUAGAAUUUUUACUCCAUAUCUUCAAAGGUAAGAGUCAGGGAUUUUUUUAUUUUUGAACAGAAGGGGUUUAAUUUCCUCUCUCUGUCUUCCCCUCUCCUGGUUUUCUUUUUGGUUUUGAUGAUGGGGUGUAAAACACUGGAUUUAUAAAAUAUCGCUGAUUUGCAAUUUGGUCAACAAUCAGCAAAGAAACUUCCAAUACUGCAAGUAGGGAUAUCCAUACUCUCUGAAAAUGGUUGCUUUUAGGCUAAUAAUAUGUAUCGGCUGAAAUGUAAUUGUUCCCAGCCAGAUCAUGUGUGUGAAGUUUAGGUUCUCCACAUCAUCCACUGAGGUGUUUCAGGGGAUAUAUAUAUAUAGGGGCCCAUGUACAGCAAUUUCACUUUGGACAUGUGUCUAUUACUUUGCCAUUGGUUUACAGGAAAUUUCAGUGAUUGCAUGAAAUCAAUGUCUGUUGUGAUUCAUUUAGUGGGAUUUCUGUUGCAAAGUGCCUUCCAAAUACUGAUUACACAGCGCAGUGGAUUAAACAGACUGGUGGGAAAGAUAAUCUAAAUUGUAUGACAAAUGUACUCACUAUUUAAAUGGACACUUUUUUGUAUAGAGACAUGCACACAGAACCAAUAUGUACAUUUGGAAAUAUAUAUUACCUUACAGCUAUUUUUUCUCCCCAAGGUUGUUCCUUGAUGACAAGUUAGUCUUUCUUGUUUUUUUGGUAUAUGUUUCAAUACAAGCAUACUUUUUUCUAUAGAUGUUGGGUUUUGUACACUGUUUUUGAGUCUGUAGUCUCUGGCUAUUUGCUGCAGAGAUUAAAUAAAGAUCUGUUCAUCUGAAA